GCAGCUACAUCCACCGCUCUGUUAUCUGUGCUCAGGUACUGCAGCUACAUCCACCGCUCUGUGUUAUGUGCUCAGGUACUGCAGCUACAUCCACUGCUCUGUUAUCUGUGCUCAGGUACUACAGCUACAUCCACAGCUCUGUUAUCUGUGCUCAGGUACUGCAGCUACAUCCACCGCUCUGUUAUCUGUGCUCAGGUACUGCAGCUACAUCCACCGCUCUGUUAUCUGUGCUCAGGUACUGCAGCUACAUCCACCGCUCUGUGUUAGUGCUCAGGUACUGCAGCUACAUCCACCGCUCUGUGUUAUGUGCUCAGGUACUGCAGCUACAUCCACUGCUCUGUUAUCUGUGCUCAGGUACUGCAGCUACAUCCACUGCUCUGUUAUCUGUGCUCAGGUACUGCAGCUACAUCCACUGCUCUGUUAUCUGUGCUCAGGUACUGCAGCUACAUCCACUGCUCUGUUAUCUGUGCUCAGGUACUGCAGCUACAUCCACUGCUCUGUUAUCUGUGCUCAGGUACUGCAGCUACAUCCACUGCUCUGUUAUCUGUGCUCAGGUACUGCAGCUACAUCCACCGCUCUGUUAUCUGUGCUCAGGUACUGCAGCUACAUCCACAGCUCUGUGUGCACACAUUAGUCUAAGACGGUCUGGCAUCUUUAAGAUGGCAGCGUCUUCUUGUGACAUCACAGCUAGUGAUUCUCAGUGUUGCAAAAAUUCAACCUGUAGAGCUUUUCAGUCUCAGGUCUCAUGUGACUUUGCAAACACUGAAUCACCUACUUUCUGAACAGUGCAACUCAAAUAGUCACACAACAGCAAGUUGCAGACACUUCUUGGGUUGUAUAUUUUGCUGUGUAGCCUUAUCUGGAUGUAUAACUGAGAGGUAACUUUACUUUGGAGGUUGAAAAAUGAAUUAUGACUGGAUACAUUUUAGUUUUCUGUUUUUAUGUGCAAAAUAAUUUUUGUUUUUGUUUUAUUGAGCAUCUACCCUGCUGGUGAUUAUACGAAAGUGUGAUAAUGCUAACAAUAAAGCACUAAAAUGGAGACUGAGCACAUGCAUUUCUUUCACAGUAUAAGUAGUUGUCUUUAUAACCAUGUAAACACU